AUGCCUGUGGGUGCAUUGGAAUUGCUGAGAUCUGUCGACGAUCCAAACAGUGAUCUACAAGACCUCCAAUUAGCUGUUCAUGAAUAUCUCCAACAAAACAAGGACAAAGAAUUCGUGCAUCAGCUCAUAGCUCUCUAUCUUCGAUCAAGAUCAGUUCGGGUGCUAACGCUGCUCAUCAGUUUACGAGAUCCUUUUUACAAAUGGAUGCUGGACCGCUGCUCGGAGAACAUUCGUCAGAAUGAAGCGACCAUCCGGAUCCCGACCUUGAAACUACUUCUGUCCAUCGUACAGAAAGAUCCGUCGUGGUUACACGACAAUCAUGUGAGAAUUCUCCGGGAAGCGUCCGGAAUUAUCAAAGAGGGUCAAGACGUCACAGCUUGCUUCGUGUCAAUCGUUAUCAUGGCGUCGAUUCUCCCGUUGAUUCCCGGCGCUUUCGACAGACGCGCUCUAGAGAGCUUGAUGUUCAGAGCUUUCGCCUACGCAGCUGACUUAUGCGUGAAACGCAAGGAUGAUUUCGCCGAACUGAAUCGCCAGCAUCUAUGCAGCGGUCUAUACACAUUGUACAAAGUGCUAUACUCGAUGUUCCCCUGUAACUUCUUAGCAUUUUUGCGGACGACCUACGGAAGUUCCGAUAGGCCCGAAUACAAACCCGCUUGGGGUCAAAUCAUUUGGCCUAUGAUAAAGCGAACGUAUUUCCAUCCGUUCCUGGUGCAGUACAACUGCGAUAGUGAGACCCACAAAGAUCGCUGGAAAGGUCUCCAAAAGCAUGACAUUAUCGCCGACUGUCAGAAUUACUUCAGUGAUCCGAGAACGGAACGUCAAGUGGAAACGGGACAGCCCAGAGUCGCGGCGAGCAAGCCUUGUAGUAUUCCGAAGAGGAACGACUUCAUCCAAGACGCGCCAUCUUCGGAUGGUGUCCUAGGAAAAACACCGAACCUAUUGGAUGUCAUGACUCCUCAUCCGCCCAGCGACGUUUCGAGCAGCUUGGGAAGCGUGGAUAUCGCGGAGGAAGCGAAUCCUGAAGAACCUACCAAUAGAUCCGACUACGAAGGCAGCGGCACGCCUCAAAGACCGAAAAGACACCGCAGAUCAUCAGUAAAUUUAGCACCGAUACCAGCCGAGGCUACCGAGGACGAGAGGCUCACUGAUGCAGAAGAUCAUGGAUUUUGUUUGACCACUCAAAGGUUGACCCAAGAGCCAACCAACAGUAUUUCGGAGCACGCCGAAGUCCAGGCCGAUCCACCGCCGCACAGCGAAAUGGAGAGCCUCCUCGCAUCGUCAGGGCUCAGACAUCGAUACAUGUCGCAGUGUCAAGCUUCACCUCCACCACCGAACGGCAGUCCUCAGUUCGGGGCGAAAUUGACGAGGUCGCGAUCCUGCCCCUCAAGUCAGCUACCGAUCCACCAUGACGAUUCUGCCUCGCUAUCUGAAACGACGAGCAGCAGUAAUGAAGACCUCAGCUCGAAAUGUCUGUCACUUAGCCUGUGGCCAAACAGCCCGGAGCCUCGCAAACCGAAAGAUAUCGACACCCUCGACGAGAAGACGCCAGCCGAGAUAUUGGAGGACCAUAUGAAGGCGUGCUCAGUCGUUGUCCUCCGCGAGAACGAUCAGCAGAGUUCGAACAGCUUCUCAAGCUCGAAAGAGCAGUCGGCGAUCGAAGAUUUGCAGAAGAAAUUGACUUACACUGAAGCUCAUUCCGUCAUGCUCUACGUGGAAUUAAUGUACGAUCGGCAUCGUAAGGAGAUCCAUAUAGAAAGAAAUAGGAGACUUCUGGAGAAAGCCAAGAGAAUUAUCCAGUUAGAGGAGAAAAACGCGGCCAUGAGUGGUGAAGUCAAAGAGGUUCGCGAAGAAUUGAUAGCGAAAACGAAGAAAAUAGCCGAACUUCAAAAACUGCUCGACGUUAGAAAGGCAGAAAUGCAAGAAGAAGUCAGCCGAAUCCUCGCCAAAGAUUACAGUCAGGCCGAAGAAUAUAGACGAUUGAUAAACGAGAAGAACGACGUCAUGGUGAAGAACGCCGAGCAGAAAUCUUCCCUCGAAGCCGCGAACGCGGACAUAAACACUCUAGGAUCCAGCCUCCACGAGGCGAAGCUCCACCUGGACAACGCGAGGUUGAAAGCAGAGGAGCUCAUCGCUUACCGAGAGAAGUGUAAACGCCUCGAACAGGAAUUGAUAACCCUACAAGAAAUGUACCAGAGACUUGAGGAGAUAUCGAGAACGGGAGCGAGCGAUUGUGGUCAAGUUUUCAAUUCGGACGAAUUAGCGAAGGAGCUCAAACAAUGCAAGGUUCGACUGGAACACCGGAAACAAGAAUCCGAUGCGGCUUGCGAUCGUUACAAAGCAGAACAGGGGAGAGCGGAAAAAGCUGAGAAACAGAUCCGGGACAUGCGCAAGCAUCUCCAUCAGGUGGAAAUGAACUCAGUCGAGCAGAUCAGAGCCAAGGACGACCACAUUGUCGCGCUGAGGAAGAGCCAUGAGCGUCUCCAAGUCUGUGUUCUACAGCUGCACGGCAAAUUGGACGAAGCCGACGCUUUCCAAGAUCAAGGCAAUCGAUAUCAUGACAUGCGGAACGGUCAGGGUAGGGACAGCGCUUCCGUUAAUUCUUGAGCCAGAAUUUCUUACGAGACCGAAUGAAUAAUGAUAAGAGCAUUGUCUCACUCAUAGGACUGUUGACGACGAAUAAAGCAUAAUGAAUU